AUGGAGCUCUGGCAAAUACUCCUCGUGGUUUUGACGUCUGUGCAGCCAGCCUACAGUUGGUUUUUCUUAUUUACGCCCUUUGAUAAUAUUCCUCCGAACGCGACGGAAGCGUGUUCUCGGCUAGGGGCAUAUAGCCCUGAAUCGAACAUGUACCCAAAUACCACGGAGUACGCAACUCAGUCGGGAGGAUACUGGGUCAUCCAGAACAGAGAGAUACUUCCAUCCUGUCGAUUCGCCCCUCGCUCCGCCGAAGACGUCGCCUUUGCGAUAAAUACCAUUAGGGCAACCGAGAGCCGGUUUGCAGUCACCUCUGGACGUCACAGCGUUGUUUGGGGUGCCAACGAUGCCCAGAACGGCGUGACUAUUGACUUGAACGCCCAUAUGAGGCGUGUUGAGAUCGACCAGGUCAACUCUAUCGGUCGGCCGUCUCCUGCUCGGAGGGGGAACUUCUCACACUACGGCCCGCACAAGGGAUGGGCCUCUGACAAGGUCCUCGCCAUGACAGUGGUGUUGGCGUCGGGAGAGAUCGUCCGUGCAUCCUCGGCGUCACACCCAAACCUAUACUGGGCGCUCAGAGGCGGUGGGAACCGAUACGGCAUUGUAGUUGAGUUCGAACUGGCCGCCAUCCGCUACGAGAAUCCUCUUUUCGCCGGUAGUAUAUUGCUUGACUCCGAGAACCUGAGCGAGGCGACACGCCGGCUUACAGUCUUCAAUGGCAAGGGCAGCCUGGAGGACGAUGGGGCGACGGCAACGAUGCCCUUCACAUGUCGGCAGAAAACCCUCACCGGACUGGAGCUUGCAUCGCUGCCCGUUGGCACCAGCGGCCUCGCUCAUAUCAACGUUUCGACCUUGCCCGUCAAUCUCUUUGCCACUAACAAUGAAAGUCGCUAUGCGCAAACAGUAAUGACACUAUCGAACAAUGCAUCGGUGCUCGAAGCAGCUGUGGACGAAUUCGAGCGCCUGAUACAGCCACUGCUCGCUGCUGAUCGGUCACUGGUAGCCCAGGCAAUGUAUCAGCCCAUCCCUUCCGCCAUGUUUCAGCACAUGACAGAUUCACCUCUUAAACUCACAGACGGGCCGGUCUUUGUUUUCUUCCUCAGCCUUGUCUGGACCGAUUCAUCUAGAGACAUGCGAUAUGAAUCGGAACUCCGAGAGAUACACAAAUGGGUUGAGCAUAGAGUCAGAGUACUCGGAGGUUAUCGACAAUGGAAGUACUGGAAUUAUGCCGCGGGCUGGCAGGAUGUUUACCAAGACUAUGGCGAUGACGCACUCGAUCGACUGUUCAGCGUAGCUGAGACCUAUGACCCGGACCGGGUCUUUUACUUCCUGCAGUCGACAAGCUUCGACUACUUUUAA